UUUUUUGAAGUUGGAAUGUUUUGCUGUGAUACCAAUACAUAACGUGAUAUAUGACAAUUUCUGCAUAUCUAAGAAUGUAGACUUGUUAUUUGAAUGCAACUAAACGGUGCUGAUUAUGUCCUGUCCUGAAAAGCAGGUGUCUGGCAGGCGGGUAGCACCUUUGCCAGGUGGCAGACCCGCUACACCACAGGCACAGACCCUAGCACAAGCUCAGGAACAAGAGCAACCCGAUGAAAUCGCAAAUCAGUUUCAUGAAAACCAUUAUACUAGCGAUCGACCUGGUUACAUUUUCGCUGAUGAGCGAUUCUCGUCUAAAAGCGGCAGCAGACCACGUUCAGCAAAUACCAAUUAUUAUGGUAUAACAAUGAAUGGGGCAAAAGAGUUUAUUGCAGCUAACCCUUUCAUAAUGGAUAAUUAUGUAGAAGAGAAUGUAGGCAUUGACACAUUAGAGCUUUGGUUGAAACAAAAGAAGGCUGCAUUGGAUAGAAAAAGCUUCUUGGAGCUUGAUGAAUUGCAAAAACAAGAUACUGCAACGUUAAAUAGAUUUCAGUAUGUAAAUGUGCAAAAAAUACAAGAAACCCUUUCACAUGAAGUGUUUGAUGUCCAUGACUUCACCCCAUUUCUAUAUGAAGUGGCUGGUAGCAUAGCAUCUGCUGUUGGGGCAGAAGACUUUUCCCUCUACACAAUAGAAGCUGGCUCAAAAGAGAUCACAUUACAUCAACCGGCAUUCUUGGAAACUGACAGAGAAAGACUAUGUUGGCCUGUUAGCGAGGGUACAACAGUUUCAGCUUAUGUUGGUCUCACAAAAAAAACUCUGCUGAUUGCUGAUUUGCAAAACGAUGAAAGAUUCCCACAAGGAGUUGGAUUAGACAGUGUCAAAAUAAACUCUGUGCUCUGUGUGCCAUUUAUCCAAGCAAAUGGUGAUUUAUUAGGAAUAAUUGAACUGGUUAGAACUCUUGGAAGUCCUGGUUUUACCAUUGAGAAUCAACAGACUGCUACAACAAUUGUGUGCUGGACUGGCUUAGCUAUCCAGAACAUUCAGGCUUGUAAGGCCCUGUCAAAACAGCAGGAGUUGAACGACUUUCUUCUCGAAGCCAGUCAAAUUGUGCUUGAUGACAAGGAGGGGUCAGACACGCUCAUUAAUCACAUCAUGAGCUACACGAAAAACCUGGUGCAGGCUGACCGCUGCUCGUUCUUCCUCAUCGACCCCAGCACUGACCAGCUGUUCUGCAGCCUGUUUGAUGAGGGCCAGGUCGAUCAGCAUGGAAGACCAUUGUUUGUGAAGAAGAAUGAACUCAGGUUUAGUAUGAACACAGGGAUUGCAGGCUUCGUUGCUAGAACUGGCCAGCUGGUCAACUCCUCAAAUCCAUAUGAAGAUACUAGGUUUAAUAGAGAGCUUGACCUGCUGACAGGAUUUACGACCAACAGUAUACUCUGCAUGCCUAUACUCUCCAACAACAAAGUUGUUGGCGUAGUGCAGAUGCUGAACAAGCGAGGUGGAACAGCGUUUACUAACACUGAUGAGUCAACUUUCAAGAGCUUUGCUGUCUACUGUUCUCUCGCUCUGCUCUACUCAAAACUGUCACAGACCAUGUACGAAGCAAAAAACAGACUGGAAGUGCAAGAAGAGAAGAUUCGUUAUCACCUUCACCCCCCUGAAGAAAGCUAUAAAAACCUGCUUGCUAGCCCACUGCCUAAAAAGAACCCAAAAGGCUUCUUCAGAUACGAAUUCUACUGUAUGCCACACAUGGAGAAGUUGCCAAAGCUGUUCAUCUCGAUGGUGCACACUCUGUUUGGACCAGAUUGUUUUGACCUCUCCAAGCUGUGCCGUUUCAUCCUGACUGUAAAACAGGGCUACCGUGAUGUACCGUACCAUAAUUUCAAACAUGCCUUCACUGUGACUCACUGUAUGUUCCGUUUCCUGCACGAAAAUCCUACGACAUUUCCAUUGAUGGAGAGGAAAGCACUGAUAUUUGCGUGCAUAUGCCAUGACUUGGACCACCAAGGCUACAAUAACAUGUUCAUGAAGACAAUGAAGACACCACUGUCAGUUCUGUAUGCAGAAUCUAUCAUGGAGAGCCACCAUUACCAGGAGACACUAUUCAUACUACAGGGACUGUGUAGGCUCUCCCUCGAACCUGUUUAG